AUGUUGAGCGCGCCUUCAACAACUACAACAAGUGUUGGGCAAAAUGCAAACACAGUCACGACUACAACACCGAAUACAAUAACGAGACCACCCUCCGGGCAGGUGAAUACUGUCAGUUCGAGAAGCAAUGCUUCCAUUCCUUCGGAAGCAUCGAGUUCAGAGGCAACGACUCCUAAUGCUAGACCAACCAUGACUGCUAAUCGACCAGGAUCUGCUUCCCGAAGACCAGGUUCAAAUCCGAACGGAAGACCUCCAAGUUCUGCAGCCUCAUCCGUUCAGCAAAGAAGAGCAGGAAUGCCAACAAGUAAUGCAUCCAAUAGUGGUGGAUCUCCCUCAACAAACUCUUCUUCGUCAUCAACUCAAGCGAGUCGCAAUGUAAAAACGUUAUGGGAUAUCAUUUUGGAUACUAAGAAGGAUGCAAUAUCAUCCAAUAAUGAACCUGUUGAAACUAAUGUAUUUAUAAUUGGAGGAGAGCAAUCCGGAAAGAGUUGCCUUGUACAUAGAAUUUUGAAAAGAGAUUAUUUAAAAGACCCACCAGAAAAGAGCACUGCCUUAGAUUUUACCUUUGGAAAGAAAGAUGAAGGGCUGAAAACAUACAUUGCCAAUAUGUGGGAGCUGGCUGGAGGAAGAUCGCUGAUCAAAUUAUUGAAAGAAACUAUCACUGCUGACAAUAUUCACACUGUGAUGGCUGUUAUUGUUUUAGAUUUAACAAAACCGUUACAAUUAUUUGAGGACUUUAUUUACUACCAAUAUGUGCUUACAAAAAUAUCGGAUGAAUUGUACGACAUGUUGAGGAAGAAAGGUUCUGAUGUUCCAGAUAAGAUGAUUGGACGAGCAAAGAAAAGAAUUGGUGAAACACAUGAAGACAUCGAUAAAUUAAAACUUCAUGGAUUUCAAACCAUUUUCGUGGGAACUUACUUUGAUCAAGCCACUCAAAAGUACAAUCCACUUCAACUGAAGCAGCUCAACCAAACCAUGAGAUUUUUAUGCCAUACUUUUGGAACAAGCCCAAUGUUUAUGGGAAUUUAUGCAGACUCGAAAGCCAACGAAAACAACGACUCGUCUUUUCGUAAUUUCAUUAAUUAUUUCGUGCUAGGCGGCAAAUUAUCAACAACUGAUUUCAACCUUAAAGACCCAGUGAAACCCCUCAAAGUUAUUGCUGGAAAAGACUCGUUUAAAAACAUUGGAACUCCACCAGUGCAAGCUAAAACUCAGCAAAUCAUUAGUGAGAGGGCAAAGAAGAUUAAAGAAAAGAUUUCCAAAAUGUUUGACAACAAGGAAAUUGAAAAAUGGUUUGACUCAUUUCAAUUCACAUUCUCAGAAAUUGAUGAAGGAGCAGAAGAUGAAGGAAAUAAGGAAGUAAUGGAUUUGAAUUUUUCAGAGUAUGCUGAAGAAGUUGUGGACGAAAUGAAAGCGAAAAAGGAUUUUGAGUUUGAUCAAUACUUGAAAAUGGUUGAGAGAGACAAGAAGCAAAAAUUGCUUUUAAAGCAGCAACAAGAUGCAAAACAGCAGCAGAAGAAGUAA